AUCUGAGAUCCAUUUCAUUCCAUCCAUCAGAUCUUCAUGGAGGCCACCAUCAGGCUGAUUUUACUCCAAUGUUUGUCUGAUGAUUGUUUCCAGAAACAUGAGACAAACUCCGCCUGGUUUUAUAUGUAUCCUUCCGCUCGCGCGGAUGGAUCAGCUGACAGGCAGGGAGCGGCGCAGCAUCAGCAUCUCUGACGUCAUUAGCUGCCAAGCAGGAGAAGAAACCUUCAGACACGAAGCUUCUUCAGACUCCUGGUGCCACCAUGGGGGAGAUGUUCAGGAGUGAGGAGAUGACUCUGGCCCAGCUCUUCCUCCAGUCAGAGGCCGCCUACUGCUGCGUCAGCGAGCUAGGAGAACUGGGCAUGGUCCAGUUCAGAGAUCUGAAUCCAGAUGUCAACGUUUUCCAGCGGAAGUUUGUGAACGAAGUGAGAAGAUGUGAGGAGAUGGACAGGAAGCUGAGGUUUGUUGAGAAGGAGAUCAAGAAGGCCAGCAUCCCGAUGGUGGACACUGGAGAGAACCCAGAAGUCCCGUUUCCCAGGGACAUGAUCGACCUGGAGGCCACCUUUGAGAAGCUGGAGAACGAGCUGAAGGAGAUCAACACCAACCAGGAAGCUCUGAAGAAGAACUUCCUUGAGCUGACGGAGCUCAAGCACAUCCUGCACAGAACGCAGCAGUUCUUCGAUGAGAUGGAGGACCCCAACCUGCUGGAGGAGUCCUCCGCCCUGAUGGAAGGCAGUGAGGGCGGCCGUGGGGCGCCGCUCAGACUCGGGUUUGUGGCCGGAGUGAUCAGCAGAGAGAGGAUUCCCACCUUCGAGCGGAUGCUGUGGAGGGUGUGUCGUGGCAACGUCUUCCUGCGGAAGGCGGAGAUUGAGGACCCUCUGGAGGACCCCACCACGGGGGACCAGGUUCACAAGUCGGUGUUCAUCAUCUUCUUCCAGGGGGACCAGCUGAAGAACAGGGUGAAGAAGAUUUGUGAGGGGUUCCGUGCCUCCCUAUACCCAUGCCCAGAGACCCCCCAGGAGAGGAAAGAGAUGCUGGCUGGAGUCAACAGCCGCAUUGACGACCUCCAGAUGGUUCUGAACCAAACAGAGGACCACCACCAGCGUGUGCUGCAGGCUGCCUCCAAGACAAUACGGGUCUGGUUCGUCAAAGUGAGAAAGAUGAAGGCCAUCUAUCACACCUUGAACCUCUGUAACAUCGAUGUCACUCAGAAGUGUCUGAUUGCUGAGGUCUGGUGUCCCGUCUCAGACCUGGACUCCAUCCAGUUUGCUCUGCGCAGAGGAACGGAGCGGAGCGGCUCUACAGUUCCAUCAAUCCUGAAUAGGAUGCAGACCAAGCAGACGCCGCCUACCUUCAACAAGACCAACAAGUUCACAUCAGGCUUCCAAAACAUUGUUGAUGCCUAUGGGAUAGGAAACUACCGGGAGAUAAAUCCAGCUCCAUACACCAUCAUCACGUUCCCCUUCCUGUUCGCGGUGAUGUUCGGUGAUAUGGGUCACGGACUGCUGAUGACCUGCGCUGCCCUGUACCUGGUCCUCAGAGAGAGCCGGAUCCUGGCCCAGAAGAGUGACAAUGAGAUGUUCAACAUGGUGUUUGCUGGCCGCUACAUCAUCCUCUUGAUGGGGAUCUUCUCAGUCUACACCGGCAUCAUCUACAAUGACUGCUUCUCCAAGUCUCUCAACAUGUUUGGUUCUGGUUGGAGCGUCAGGCCCAUGUUCAGCACCAAAGGAGCCAAUUGGACGUUUGAGACGCUUGAAGGAAAUGCUGUUCUCCAGUUAGAUCCUGCUGUUCCUGGGGUCUUCAAUGGGCCCUAUCCUCUUGGUAUCGACCCGAUAUGGAACGUGGCCACCAACAAGCUGACGUUCCUGAACUCCUUCAAGAUGAAGAUGUCUGUGAUUCUGGGUGUCAUUCACAUGCUGUUCGGAGUCUCUCUGAGCCUCUUCAACCACCUCUACUUCAAGAAGCCGUUGAACAUCUUCCUGGGCUUCAUCCCAGAGAUUGUCUUCAUGUUCAGUCUGUUCGGCUACCUCAUCCUGCUGGUGUUCUACAAGUGGACAGCCUACGAUGCUCUGAGCUCCAAAGACGCCCCCAGCCUGCUCAUCCACUUCAUCAACAUGUGUCUAUUCAACUAUAACGACCCCACCAACAAGCCGCUCUACAGGGGCCAGAUGGGGAUCCAGGUUCUGCUGGUGCUGAUCGCUCUCGCCUGCGUUCCCUGUAUGCUGGUAGUGAAAACCAUGGUGCUUCGUCGGCAGCACCUGUGGAAAAAGCACCUGUCGCAGAAGAGGGAACAACCCCCUGCAGAGAGUCUAGAGCAGUCUUUAGAGCAAACAGGGCCGUCCUCAUCAUGCACCGGACUCACCCAACAGGGCACGCAGAAGUUCGGAGGUGUCCGGGUGGGCAACGGGCCCACGGAGGACGAGGCUGGCAUCAUGGACCACGACCAGCUCUCUCAGCACUCGGACGAAGGAGACGAGCACUCAGAAGAAGAACCGUUUAACUUUGGAGACGUAGCUGUCCACCAGGCCAUCCACACCAUUGAGUACUGCCUGGGCUGCAUCUCCAACACCGCCUCCUACCUGCGCCUCUGGGCCCUCAGCCUGGCCCACGCACAGCUGUCCGAGGUGCUGUGGUCCAUGGUGAUGCACCUGGGUCUGUCGUCCAGCAGCGGCGGUGGCUUCUUCGGUCUGUCCAUCAUCUUCUCUGCCUUCGCCGCUCUGACCGUCGCCAUCCUACUCGUCAUGGAGGGCCUUUCUGCUUUCCUGCACGCCUUGCGUCUGCACUGGGUGGAGUUCCAGAACAAGUUCUACACCGGCCAGGGCUUCAAGUUUGUCCCCUUCUCCUUUGAGAGCAUCCUGGAGGGACGCUUCGAUGACUGAUCCCGUCCUCAGCACUGUCCUCCUCAUUGGCUCUCUGUCUCCCUCUAGUGGCUGUUAGUGAAUCUUCGUUGUGCAUGAAGUGUGGUGUCCCAGUGCUGCUGACCUCCUCCAGGUCCUCCGCCUGUCUGUUCCUGCUGAGAACAUCUGUAGAGGAUUGAGGGAAACAUCUGGCCUGGACAUUAACCGUCUCUAAUCAGUGAUGUGGAUUAUUAGUUAUUGAAUUCCCUCAUCCCUCCAUCCACAGGUCAAAGGUCAUAUUGAAGGAAAUGUCUGGAUCCCAA